AUGAGUGGUAAUAAUCAAUCAUAUGAAACUGGUCAUGGUGCCCGGCCGAACCAGCUUUUCAAAGAUUUUAUAUGGGUGAUAAAAAGUCCGGAAAUUAGUACUAGCUCAGGUUCUGGAAACACCUUAUCACCAAUUACACCUUCAUCGCUGGACUUUUACAGCCCGUCCAUGUUCCCUCAGGAUUGUGGUUUUGAUAUGAGCAACCAGCCUUACUCGGUAGUCACAUCUACAGGCAUGGAGGACACUCAUAUUCCAAGUGCUACUUGGCCUAUGGUUGAUCCUAGCACACCCUUCUUGCAAGAUCUGGAAGUUGACGAUUCAAACCUCAUGGACGCAGACCCGUCUCACAAUCAAGCAAAUAUGACAAACAGUAUUGCCAGAGGAUCAAUCCAAAGAAGAACAUUAAAAGCAGAACAAUCUUCAAAGCUGGCCAAUAUCGAAUCUAAUCUCCCAACAAAAUCCACCAACUCAAAGGCUUCUCUUUCUAAGCCUCCGAAAGGCAAGUGUGCUAAGCUUGUCAAGAGUAGGAAGUCCUCGGUGUACCAGCCACCAAGACCUUCGACAUCAUGCGAGGGGGAAAUUCCUUCAUAUGGCUUUGACCCAGCAGACCGAACAAUCCACAAUUUAACAGAAAGAAAAUAUCGCAAUCGUCUCAAUGAGCAGUUUGAUACUCUGCUCUCUGCACUUCCUGCUAGUGCAAUGAACAGUCGAUCCAUUGAUGAUUCUUCGGAAACGAGGAGAAUCAGUAAAGCCGAGGUUUUGAUUCUGGCUAAAGAGAGAAUUGAAUCACUAGAAAGGGAAAAUAGGGAGCUGGAAUGCGAGAGAUGUAAAUUUCGGGAAAGUUUAGAGUUCCUAAAGCUUACGUAUGGUACUUCGAUCGACUUUCCCGGGCAGUAG